AUUCUGUUUGUUAUAUGCUCAUUGGUGUUUGGCGUUUGGUGGGGCGUGUAUGACAUCACGACGCAUGUUUCAUACUAUCGAAUAUGCCGAGUGACAGGUGGUGUAGUAGUUCUGUUACAUACUGUGUAUCGAGGAUACAAGUCGUAUCCUCGCGUCACGCGAUCGGCACGUUGUCAUUCGUAGGUGUCAGUGUUAAAUUUUGUGAUGCAUACCACGAUUUCACGCAAUCUACUUGAGAGAUUCUACUCUACAAGAAGAGUGUUUUUGAGACAACUAUACAACAGGCCAGGCAUAGGGCCACACGGAAUUUUAUUUCUAUUGUGCUGGGACAAGGUUGGGGAAUCUAUAUGGGGCAAUGCGUGUCUCGUAAGGCGGGCGCCGUCAUCGCAACCGGUCAUCGCGACUCGCUCACUUAUCGUAUCAUGGAUAAACCUGCCAAGAACGAGCAUAAAGGGGCGUCGAAGCGUGGCGGCGCGCACACGCGCGGCACGGCGAUGUCGUUCGGUUUCCGACGAAGACCGGCCUCCGGGAUACCGAUGCCGAUAAACAAUUACACGGCCGAGUCGAGCGUCGUGCACCAACGAUCGAAGUCGGCCGGCCCGGAGCAGAAUCGAAGGCGGGACGUGGAGGACACCUCGAAUUCGGCUCUCCACAAUUCGUCGUCCGGCCGAUCGACGCCCCGCCUCGCGCCCCCCAAGAAGGAGUCGAGCGGGAUCGCGGUGAGGACGAAUCGGUUCGGUUACAGGCAGCCCCAGGCGAAAUUCACGAACAAGGUUGGCGACAUAUGCAGCAGCCACAGCGUGAGCCACUACAAUCAAGAGAAGCAGCAACACCAGGAGGCCGGUUUCAUGGUGAAGCAACCGCACAGGGUGGUGGUGGUGGGUGGCGGUGGCCAAGCCGCGCAACCGUUGAAGGUGAAGUCGUCGCCCGUGCACAACAACAACAACAACAACAACAACAACGGGGUGGUCUCGUUCAACAACGCUCACGUGGACGGGAAUCGAAGGGCGUCGGGUAUACCGGAGCCCGUAGGCAGGUACACCCUGCACACGAGCCACUUGCCCCUACCCCAGUACGCGGUGAGAAUGACGGACGCGAACUCGAAGAUCGCGAAAACCGCGGCGAAUCAAAGCAGGAAGGUGUCCGCUGCGUCGAAGAGCUCGACGAGCUCGAAGGAGGGGUCGAGCACGGAGGAUUCGGGUGUGGGGAGCCAGCAAGGUUGCGGGGAGAACGAUUUCAGGGGUAUGGAUUACGGGGAUGGAUCGUUGUUGAGAAGGCACGGGGGGGGAGGGGGCAGAUUUAGGAAUUUAAGGAUGGUGGUGAGCGGGAAGAGUUUCGACGUGAGGGACGUGAGGGACGACGACAGCACGGUGACCGAGAUAUCCGUGAUACCAUUGCCGAAAACGUUCACCUCGGCCAGCACCGGUUUGGUUAGGGAAAGGGCGACUCAGUACCAGAGGAUCGUGAACAAGGACAAUAGGUACACCGAGUCGACCACCUCCAUGUCGACCACGUCCUCGGAAGGUUACGACGAAGGAUUGGGGGAGGAGAAGGUUUACAAGGACAGGUCGCAUACCGAGAAAAUCCCUUCCAUCAAGUCGGAUUUCAGCCCGCCGAGCUCCGACGAUCCUGAAUACGGCCACGGGGAGGCCAUGGCCGACGAAUACUCGUUGAGCUCGAGCGACGAGUGCCAACGAUCCGGUUCCGCUCAACACCUGCACGCGUCCUCGAGCCUGGUUAAAUCGGGGACCCUUCCCAAAACCGCGUUGCGUUCCGUGCUCCUCACCAUCGAGGACCCUGCGUUCGCCGCCGCCGCGGCAACGCCCACCGCCCUCAUAGAUGACGAGACGUCGCCCGUCGACAGCCUUUUCGACAGCCUUACGGCCAGUAUCACCCAAUCCGAUACGAAAACACCGAAGAAGGAGAACGCGAUGGAACAAUCUGGGACAGCGAUCGACGACGACAGCCCUGGAACGCCGACCAACGCUUCGAAUUCGCUCAGUUUGUCAGAGGGUAGAGAGUAUUUCGACGAUGAGAUCGCUGAUCAACCUGGCCUCGUUUUCGAUGAUAAUUCGAGGGCCGGUGCCGAGACGCAGUCUGCCAUGGCUAGCCAAGUCGUUACCGAGAACAGUCACACUCUGGUCGAGUCCAGUCCUAAAACAGGUACGGGACACGGGAAAAACGCAACCAACAGCCCUCACCAUGGCAAACGAAUAAGCCGAGCCGGCAGUGUCGAUACUUUAUCCCCUUGCGAAUCUAUUGCCUCUGAUGACUUGAUAUUAGAUUACGAACACAGCGAUGCAAGCUCCUACGAAGAACAACGAGCGGAGACUGGCACAGCAUUGCAAGAUAUGGAUAAUGCUACCAUUCUCUCCGAAUUGGAAGCUCAAGGUGAAGAUGUGAUGAGGCAAUGGUCCUCUUUGUUGAGUCAAACGCUGCAACAAACUAAUAAUUCCAACACGAUUAACAACAACGUGAACGCUGGAUCAGCCAAUAAUAAUAAUCAACCAGCCAACGAUAUAGGAAACGAUUGUGAUAAAACAAAGAUAUGGCGAAAUAGAUCCGUGACUGAUUCACCACGUUCCAUAGAUAGCACGCGUAAUCGCCAAUUCUCUAGUCCCUUAAGGAUAUCAAGAAAUAUCCAAUCACCAAAUCUUGACUCUGGGGAUGAAGGAAGUCUUCGAGUUGAUCGUGAUACCUAUCAACACAUGUUUCAAGACAUUGUUUCUAUAAAAACAACGCUCCUGAAACUGAAACGAGUACUUCAGCAGUCAGAAGAGAACGGUUUGACGAGGGUAGACACUCUCAACCCAUUCGAUAACUCCAUGAAGAAUGGUCUCUUCUAUAAUGUGAAUGAAGGAGGCACCGCGGAUGUUAGUACCUCCCCUGGAAGUGGUGGUAGUAGUAUCGCGGAUGAAUUGGCCGAUUUACGUAGGCAGGUUGUUUUUUUGCAAGGUCAAGUAGAAGAUAGAGAUCGAACUAUACAAGUACUGCAGUUCCAAAUAUCGAAACUUCAAGGACCUAACGGCGACGGCCAAACGUGUGCUUUAACUAAUCAUAAUAAUUUUUCAUCUCCAAAUACUUGUAAUGCUGCUACGCAAACAGAAAAGACACGACCAGUGUCGGCAGGACCAUCACUCCUGCAAACACUUCCACAGGAUGAUGUUAUGGGGCCUCUAGUUAGCUGUGUGGGAUGGAAUGAAUCAUGGGAUCGACAUCAUUCUCCGUUGCUCGGAGAGCUUAAUGGUAACAGAAGCCCACGUAAGUCGACCGAUCGUAUACCGCGUACAAUAAAAUCUCGUCAAGAGGAAACCUCGCAUCGUCAAAAUGGGCAUACAGAUAAAUUGCCGGUUGAUAAUCUUUCUUCGAACAAAAAAAUCUUCAAAUCGAAAGAUUUAAAAUCUACUGAAUCGAACGAUAAGGAGCAACACGAGACAAAAAGGGAGGAGAAAUCGUGUAUUCCAACGGCUAGAAAACUUGCAACAUCGACUCUAAUACCACGGUCAGCGAGAGCUUUAACCUCGACAGGCCGACCGCACAAUACGUAAUUACUUUAUUUUGAGAAAUUUCAUUGAAUUUUUUGACUUUACUUUCGUUUCAUCACGAAAAAAUUGCUCAGAUAAUUUGAUAAUCUUAUUCUUUAUGUAGAAUGAAAUUAUUCUUUCAUCCUUUAAUUUGUAGCAGAAUUGCUACUAUGUGAUAAUGCUAUAUAUAAUUUAGAUAUAUAUAUAUAUAUAUUUUUAUUUCAAUUUUGAAAUACGAAAGAAAUUUCAAAUUAUAUUUUAAUGAUUACCAUUUUACACUAAGUAUAUAAUUUUUUUUCUUAUUUUUCUUAAUUUUUCGAUGAACAGCGAAAGUGAAAAUGUCUUCAACAUUUGCUAUGCAUAAAUUGCAAAAAUAAUGUACAAAUUAUAUGUUGAAAAUUAAGGACAAGUCAUAAGUUCCUAUCAUUUAAAGUUAUGUUUCAUUUGGUUCUGUCACUUCAUAUGUAAAAAAUGCCACCAUGGUCAUUCUCAAUAUUUAAAUGAGAUCAUUAAAUUGUAGAAAUUAA